UCGGCAUCCUCUUGCGGAGAAAGAGAACUAGACACAGAGUGACAGAGAGAAACCAAGCAGAGUAGAUCUCAGAUAUAUCUGCAACCAUGUCGUUGAUCGUCGACAAGACCUCCUCUGGCCGUGAAUACAAGGUCAAGGACAUGUCCCAGGCCGAUUUUGGCCGGCUCGAGAUCGAUCUCGCAGAGGUCGAAAUGCCCGGAUUGAUGGCUUGCAGAACUGAAUUCGGCCCCUCCCAGCCCUUUAAAGGUGCAAAGAUCACUGGAUCUCUCCAUAUGACGAUCCAGACAGCGGUUCUUAUCGAGACCCUCACCGCCCUCGGGGCCGAGGUCCGUUGGUGCUCUUGCAACAUCUUCUCCACCCAAGACCACGCUGCCGCUGCCAUCGCUCGCGACAGUGCUUCCGUCUUUGCCUGGAAGGGUGAGACCCUUCAGGAGUACUGGUGGUGCACUGAGAGGGCCCUUGACUGGGGUCCCAGUGGCGGCCCCGAUCUCAUCGUCGACGACGGUGGGGAUGCCACAUUGCUCAUCCAUGAGGGAGUGAAAGCCGAGGAAGAAUUCGAGAAGACCGGGAAGUUUCCCGAUCCGUCGUCGACCAACAACGCCGAGUUCCAGAUCGUGCUCACGCUUAUCAAAGAUGGGCUGAAAACCGAUCCCAAGAAGUAUCACAAGAUGCAGGAAAGAUUAGUUGGUGUUUCUGAGGAGACAACCACAGGUGUCAAGAGGCUUUACCAGAUGCAGUCCGCUGGAACUUUACUCUUUCCAGCUAUUAACGUUAACGACUCUGUCACCAAGAGUAAGUUCGAUAACCUCUACGGGUGCCGGCAUUCUCUCCCUGAUGGGCUGAUGAGGGCCACCGAUGUCAUGAUCGCCGGCAAGAUUGCAGUCGUCUGCGGGUACGGAGAUGUGGGCAAGGGCUGUGCUGCUGCCCUCAAGCAGGCGGGUGCCCGUGUAAUCGUGACUGAGAUCGAUCCCAUCUGUGCCCUCCAGGCUCUCAUGGAAGGCAUCCCUGUCCAGACCCUCGAGGACGUAUUAUCCGAAGCCGACAUCUUCGUUACCACCACCGGUAACAAGGACAUCAUCAUGGUCGACCACAUGAGAAAGAUGAAGAAUAACGCCAUUGUCUGCAACAUCGGCCACUUCGACAAUGAGAUAGAUAUGCACGGUCUCGAGACCUACCCUGGUGUGAAGAGGAUCACAAUUAAGCCUCAGACAGAUAGGUGGGUCUUCCCUGAUACCAACAGUGGCAUCAUCGUCUUGGCCGAUGGGCGGCUCAUGAACUUGGGAUGCGCCACCGGACACCCCAGUUUCGUCAUGUCCUGCUCCUUCACAAACCAAGUUAUCGCCCAGAUUGAGCUCUGGAAGGAGAAGGGAACCGGAAAGUAUGAAAAGAAGGUCUACGUUCUACCCAAGCACCUCGACGAGAAGGUCGCCGCGCUUCACCUCGGAAAGCUUGGGGCCAAGCUUACCAAGCUUACACCAGAGCAGGCGGCAUACAUCAGUGUCCCAGUUGAGGGCCCUUACAAGCCUGCUCACUACAGGUAUUGAGGGAAGAAGCAGAAAACCGAACACUGGGAAGGCACCACGAUUAUGGAUUCCCAGUUUUCUUCGAUUUUGGUUUUGGUAGUUUUCGAUUACAUUUUUAAUAGUGGUGAGGAGCUGAUGAGGAGAGGGGAGAAUUGGUAUAUGUUAGAAUCUUAACAAGACGGUCUUGAAUUUUUAAUAAGGUUGUGAGGGAGUGGAGGUUUGUGAUGCUUAUUUACAGAGAUGUGCCUUUAGAUUCAUACUCGUCUACGUGUUUAGAAUU